CUGGUGCGCACACUUGGGGCUGCACAACCAUGGUUUUGACUGCCUGGCUCUCCGGCAUCCUGGCCCUGUUGAUGGCAGGCCUAAUCCAAAGCACCACAGGCUCCCAUGGAGUCCAGGACCUAGGUCCCUGGCCUCUGGAGCUGAAACAGGUCUUCAACUUGUUCCAGAUUCAGUUCAACCGGAGUUACUCGAACCCAGCAGAGUAUGCUCGCCGCCUGGACAUCUUUGCCCACAACCUGGCCAAAGCUCAGCAACUGCAGGAGGAGGACUUGGGCACAGCUGAGUUUGGGGUGACUCCAUUCAGUGAUCUCACAGAGGAGGAGUUUGGACAGAUCUAUGGGCACUGGAAGGCAGAUGGGGGCCCCAGCAUGGGAAGAAAGGGAAGAAAGGUAAGGUCUGAAGAGACAGGGGAGCCGAUGCCCCCCACCUGUGACUGGCGGAAGGCAAAGGGCAUCAUCUCUUCUAUCAGGAACCAGAGGAACUGCAAUUGCUGCUGGGCCAUGGCUGCCGCGGGCAACGUCGAGGCCCUGUGGGGCAUCACAUUUCAGCAGCCUGUGGAAGUUUCUGUGCAGGAGCUGCUUGACUGUGGCCGCUGUGGAGAUGGCUGCAAGGGUGGCUUCGUCUGGGAUGCAUAUGUAACUAUCCUCAACAACAGUGGACUGGCCAGUGAAAAGGACUACCCAUUCCAGGGGCACACCCGGAGCCACAGGUGCCUGGCCAAGAAGUUCAAGAAAGUGGCCUGGAUCCAGGAUUUCAUCAUGCUGCAGGACAACGAGCAGACAAUUGCCUGGUACCUAGCUACCCAAGGCCCCAUCACAGUGACCAUCAACAUGAAGCCACUGCAGCAUUACCAGAAGGGGGUGAUCAAGGCCACGCCCACCACCUGUGAUCCCCGGGUUGUGGAUCAUUCUGUCCUGCUGGUUGGUUUUGGCAAGAGCCAGGUGGAGGAGGGGACACAAACUGCCUCUUCCCCGUUGCGUGGCCACCCUCGCCGCCCCACCCCUUACUGGAUCCUGAAGAACUCCUGGGGGCACACCUGGGGCGAGGAGGGCUACUUCCGACUGCACCGAGGGAGCAAUGCCUGCGGCAUCACCAAGUACCCGCUCACAGCCCGUGUGGCACAACCAGCCAAGCGGCCAAUCUCCUGCCCUCCCUGAACCUGUCAGCAGCCCAUUGGCCCCUCCUGCAUGCCAGCUGCCCUUACCUGGGCCCUACCUGAGGUUUUUGCCUAUCCUCCCAAUCUUCUCCAUAUGAUCUGAAUAAACCAAGACGAAA